AUGCUAGCCGGUGGCCACCCACACGAUCGUUGGGUUGUUGAGACUUCUCCGGACGGCACCAUAGCACCUCGAGGCAACCCGGCACGGUCAGCAGCCAUCACGCAGAUUCUCGCCGGUCUCAGCAAGUUCAAGAAGCGCGAGCGGACUCCAAAUCGUGCGUCCCCGAUGUCCCUGUUGAUGCUGACGAAGGUCAUUACAUUCUUGGAGUCGAAUUCGAUGUUCAACGAAACCAUGCGGCUGUGGUUUUCUGCGGUUUGUUCUCUCAGCUUCUAUGGUAUGUGCCGUAUCAACGAAGUCUUGCUCAUGAAGAAGGGCGACAUUCAGCUUGGUCUCAAACGAAAAUCGCGCAUCAUAAUCCCCUCGCAAGUCGAACCUACUAACUCCAUCAUCUCACGAAGGAAGAACGGGCAGCUGAAGCAUUGA